AUGGAGGAAGCAAAAGGCCCAGGUGCCUCCCCCAACCCCCCCUACACAAGAGUAGGUGCCCGAGGAAUCCCUGAUGCUGGUGGGCCUGCUCACCAACAUCGGGGAUGCCCCCUGACAGCCACCCUUGCGAUAAUGCUCUCAUGGGCAUUCAUUCGAAAGAUCUAUUCCAUCCUCACCGUGCAGAUCCUCCUCACCGUCGCGGUCUGUGCCAUUGUUGUGGCCGUUCAUCCGAUAGCGGACUACUUAGUCACGACGACCUCCGGACUUGCCAUCUACAUUGUCAGCCUUGUUUUACCUUUCGUUAUUCUGCUCCCCAUGUACUUCUGUCGGCAAAAGCACCCGUUCAAUUUUCUUCUGCUCGGUUUCUUUACAGUUUCCAUGAGCUUCCUCGUGGGCUUCAUCUGUGCCUUCACCAGCGGCAGGGUCAUCUUGGAAGCGGCAAGCGUGACGGCAGCGUUGGUCGUGAGCUUGACUCUCUACACAUUCUGGGCAGCAAGACGCGGCCACGAUUUCAAAUUUCUUGGGCCUUUCCUCUUCUGCUCAUUGGUUGCUCUCAUUUGCUUUGGCAUCAUCCGGAUCUUGUUUCCGUUCGGCAAAAUCACCAACAUGAUCUACGGGAUUCUCGGGACAAUCAUCUUCAGCGGAUACAUAAUCUACGAUACGGAUAAUCUGAUUAAGAGAUACAGCUACGACGAUUACAUCUGGGCUUCAGUCAGUCUUUAUUUGGACGUCAUCAACCUGUUCCUCAGCCUGCUUAGCGCGUUUAAGGCAUAAGUGUAGUUCUUAUUUUAAUCAGAAGUACUACUGCCAUUUCGUUUUCUUCAUGGUGGCGCAAUUUGCCUCGUGCAGUGGGCCAUGUGUGACGUUGGUUACAUUUGUAUUCUUAUCAUAUGAAGCGCUGUACAUGUGUGAAUGUGCGUGUGUGACUCAUUCAUUAUCAUUUAAUUUGUCAUUCAUUUUCUUCACCUACCAAAACGAGGAUGAAGAUAAUGU